AUGACUAGACAUUCAAAAAACUGCACUGCGAAUACAGUUUACACCUAUCACGAGCGCCAAAAAGACGCGAAGCAUUCAGGCUACGGCACUCAGACAGUUCGACUGGGUAAAGACUCUCUCCGUGCUUUUGACUGUUGCUGUUUAACCCUUCAACCGGCAAAAGAUCCAGUUAUCACACAGGACGGUUAUAUUUACGACCGCGCCACAAUUCUUGAGUACAUUCUCUCACAGAAGGCCGACAUUAAACGACGCCAAAAAAUUUACGAGAAACAGCGUGGUCGCGCCGCACGUGAGGCUCUUGAGAAGAAAAAAGCUGCUCAAGAAGAAAAAGCUCGUGCUUUUAUGGCCCUCAACACUCUCGAUACUCAUUCUAAAGCGUCAGCUCAAGCUGCAGAGUCCGCAGCACUGGCCAACUUGUCAAAAGGCAAUGCGAAAUUGACAUCAGUUGAGAGCGAUUAUAAGCCCGGCACUGCUGCUAGUUUCUGGACAAUCAGUCCGGAUACUAAUAAUUUCACGAAACAGGAUGUCGAUAUCCCAAAACCCGAUCCAGUUGUUCGGUGUCCUAUGAGUGGCAAACCACUGCGAUAUAAGGAUCUCGUAACAGUCAAUUUUACCAAUCUUGAUCCUGAUAGUAGUUCGAACGGCCAGGUCAAAACGGGGGACAGUUCCACCACAAACGAGAUUCGACGAGUGUGUGCCGUGUCGAAGGACCCCUUGACGAGCUCCACUCGAUGCUAUGUCCUGCGACCCUCGGGCUCCGUGGUUACGCGAGAGGUAGUGGAGAAGAUUAUUCGCAAAGAGAUGAUUGACCCGAUAUGUGGGGAGAAAUUAACAGAGUCUGAUCUAAUUGAGGUAGAGUGCUGCGAACUGUUUGACAUAGUUGGUGAAGGAGUUCCCGCGUUCCACAUUGACUCGAAUCAACUGGAGAUUUUGAAUUCACCUAAAACCUUUUUCGAGGCAAUUGAGAAUGGGAUCAUGAAGGCUAGAAACCGCGUUGCCCUCUCCACGCUAUACCUUGGCACUGGAGAACUGGAAGAGCGUCUUGUCAAAGCCUUAGUCGAGAACCCCAGUAAGCCAAGGGUGCGCCUUCUUACCGAUGCUACGCGGUCUACUCGUCCAAUCAAAGUAACUGCGGAAUUCACAGGUGCUCUAGAUGGUAGGACCAAUAGACUCAACUGUCCAGCGACUCCUCCGUCUCCUUUGUUCUUGCUCCAACGCAUCGCGUCGUUGCCUAAUGCGCGGGUGGCCCUCUACCACAGCCACAGGCUGCGCAGUUGGCUUCGCAAAAUCCUACCUGAGAGAUUGAAUGAAGUCGUGGGACUUCAGCACAUCAAGGUCUAUGUUUUUGAUGACAACGUCAUCUUAAGCGGAGCAAAUUUGAGCGGUGAAUACUUCAACAAGCGACAGGAUCGUGCAUGGCUCUUGAAAGAUGUUCCGGAGCUGGCAGCAUUCUAUGUCGAUCUGAUCGACACAAUUUCAUCCUUGAGUUACCAAGUAACUGCCGAAGGAGAUCUUGUACCUGCCUCUGCGGAGACCGAUCCCGUGCUAACACCGGUUGCCGACUACUGCAAUGCGUUUCGCUCGCGCGUUGAGGCCUUCCUCGCCGCAGCCAAAACGAAGUAUGCUGUCCCGGCAACCAAGGCGCCCGACACCGUUCUUGUUCCACUACUUCAAAUGGGUGCUUACGGCAUCAGUCAGGAAUAUCCUCUUGUACAGCGCGUCCUUCAGUGCGUCUCGAAGUGCGAAAUCGCUCUGACGACGGGCUACUUCAACCCCACGCGGGAACUCGAAGAGUCGCUCAUCAGCAUCGCUCAGCGCCACGUCAGCGACUCGAGCGUCCAAAUCCUGUGUGCUGCUCCUGAGGAUCCUUUGUUUUGUUUACGAUCUAAGGCCAACAGCUUCUUCAAAUCCAAAGGAAUUUCUGGUGGCAUACCAGCGGCUUACCGCGAGAUGCUAAUUUCCUUUCUCCGACGCAUCAUCAAACUCCCCAACAUCGGUGUGCGUGAGUACGCUCGCCCCGGUUGGACGUUUCACGCCAAAGGCCUCUGGAUCGACACGCCCAAUGCCAGUCUCACUCUUGUCGGCUCCUCCAAUUAUGGAUAUCGCUCGCGAGAUCUAGACCUCGAAAGUCAAUUGCUAUUGGUCACGCGCAACACAGACCUGCGCCGACGAAUACGCGCUGAACGAGAGCACCUUUGGGAUCCUCGGUAUUCGCGACCUGUCACUCUCGAUGGUCUUUUGAUGUCCACCGAACAGCGCUUUAAGUGGUACGCCAAAUGGGCCUUACCCCUUCUCCGACGAAUAAUGUAG